AACUUUAUUUUGAAAUAAACAAUUAGUCUAAUAUAAUAUGGCACUUGAGUUACAGCCUGUCAUCCUGGCAGCUGGUGAAGGGUCAAAAAUGUUCCCUUUAACAGAAAACAUUCCUAAAUGUUUAAUGCCAAUUGGUAAUAUGCCUAUGAUUUGGUAUGUUGUGAAUCAGCUUGAGCGCUCAGGAUUUCAAGAUUUUAUUGUUAUUGUUCGAUCUAAUGAUGCUAGCUUGGUUCAACAAACAUUACAAUCAUUAUGCUUAUCAAGCAGUACUUUUGAUUUUAUCAAACUGCAAGAUGAUGAAGAUUUUGGAACCUGUGAUGCAUUAAGAUUAUUAAAGAGCAAAAUUAAAAGUGAUAUACUAGUUGCUAGUUGUGACCUGAUAUCUGAAGCACCUGUUCAUAGACUUGUUGAUAUUCACAGAAUAUAUGAUGCAAGCAUUACAGUAAUGUUAUCAAAACCAGUUGAACUUCAACUAGAAAAAGAUGUAACUGCUGCCAAUCAACAUAAAAGCGCAUCCCACAUAGGUAAUAAAGAUGUUGUAUCUAUUGACACACAAGAAAACCGACUUUUAUACUUUGCAAAUGAAGGAGACAUUGAGUCCGAUAAUAUAGUUUUUAAAAAAUCAAUGAUGAAGAGGUAUUCUAAUAUAAAACUGUUAACAAACUUGGUAGAUUGUCAUUUGUAUAUAAUGAAGAAAUGGAUUCUAGAAUAUAUAGCCAGCAACAAUAAGUUGGAAAACAUAAAAUCUGAUGCUAUUCCUUUAAUUGUUCGGAAACAAUUUUCAGUUCAGAAAAAGUCAGUUAAGGAUAUGGGACUAAAAACUGUCAAAAGUGAUGAUAGUAAAGACAUUCACUCAUUUCUCCCUAGUAGCAAAGAAAGUAAAUAUAUAACUGAAUAUUCAAGUUAUCAAGGAAGCUGUCUAAAAGAUUCAAUCAAGUGUCAUGUAUAUGUCAGUGAUUCCUUCUGUCUUAGAGUGAACACUAUUCCAUCCUACAUUUUUAUGAAUCGACAACUUUCUAAACUAAAAGAUAUUGCUCCAAACCUAGAAUAUAAAAGGUUACAUCCAACAACUGCUGUCAAUGAAAAAUCACAGAUUGGUAAUGAUUGUUUAGUUGGUGAGUCCACAACUUGUGCACAGAAUACAUCAAUAAAAAAGUCAGUGAUUGGUAAACACUGUGUUAUUUGUUCAAAUGUGCGAAUUACAAACUGUAUUAUCAUGAAUCAUGUUACUAUUUCUUCAGGAAGCAACCUUCAUAACAGUAUUAUAUGUGACAAUUGCUAUAUCCAAGAAAAUGCAUCUCUUACCAACUGUCAAGUGAGUGCUGGACAAACAGUGAAAGAAAACAGGAAUUUAAAGAAUGAAGUUGUUGUAUCAGAAGAAAUGGGUUUUGAAGAAUAAUUAACAGAGCAAGCGCUGAAAAUGAAAAAGUGAUAGGGUUUAAACAGAAACUGAAAAUUCGCUGAAAUAGUUAUUAAUUAAAAAAAAUUAUAAACAAACUACUAUAUGUUGAUGAAUAAUUUUUUUAUAAAUUA